GCUCUAUGGUCUGCAGACUUUCACUUUCUCAGCACAGCUAUUCCAUAUUCACAUGGUUCUAAGAGAAAUGCAACCAAAAACCCCAGAAUAAAAAUGAAGCCAAGAAUUUGGGUGAAAAAGAUUAUCGAAGCGGAGAAUGAGAAAAAGAUGAAGCGGAAUCCACCAUUACAAAUGUCAGAUCCUGUUGAGACAUUGCCCCUGAUAGCAAGAAUGAAAUUAGAGAAAUCCCAAGAAUCCUAUGCAAGUUAUAUGCCAGAUGUUAUAUUGGAGGAUGGAAGAUUCAAAGGUCUUAAAGGAGAGAAGGGUAUUGCAGAUGAUGAUAAUGAACAACAGAUAGAUCCUGAAGUAAAAAAAAUCAAAUUAGAAUACCAGCGAGAAGAGCUGAGAGAACUUAAAAAAGAGAUUAGAGAGUUGGAACAAGCUCCAGAAAUAAUGCAAGAAGAAGAUUAUACAGAAUCAAUACAGAUUGAUGACUCAGUUUACCCUAAAAGAUCAAACAAAAGCAAAUUAUAUGGAGGACCAGAUCCAGAAGAACCCAUCAGUGAUGUGCCUUGCACAGGGUGUGGUGCACUUCUGCACUGUCAGGACCCUGGGGUUCCAGGCUACAUGCCCAGUCAGAGAUAUAAACAGUUGAAACCAGAAGAAAGGAAAGCUGCCCACUGUCAGCGCUGUCAUAUGAUGACACACUUUAAUUUGGCUUUGAAUGUCCAAGUUUCCCCCAAAGAAUAUCCACAGAUCAUCUCAGAACUCAAAACUCAGAAAACAUCUCUGGUGAUAUUAUUGGUAGAUUUAUUAGACCUCUCCAAUAGCUUUAUUGAUAAUUUAUGGGAUCACAUUGGCAAUCAACAUGAGUUGAUUGUACUGGGCAAUAAAGUUGACUUAUUGCCACGGGACUAUUUUGGGUGGUUCGAGAGAAUUGAGGCAUCACUUAAGCGCCAUAUUAGAAAAGCUGGACUUAGUGAGGGAACCAUUCUUCAUACAAGGCUGAUAAGUGCAAAGACAGGUUAUGGUGUGGAAGGACUGGUCAGCUUGAUCAUGAACAAAUGGGGAACUGAUGGUAAUGUGUAUCUGGUAGGGUGUACCAAUGUUGGCAAAUCUACAUUGUUUAACAGUCUGUUAUCAUCAGACAUGUGCCAAACCAAGGCAAGGAAUCUGAUUCACAGGGCAACCACUUCCAAAUGGCCAGGCACAACAAUAGGCACUCUAAAGUUCCCCAUGGCACGAAUCACACCAUGGAGACUGCAAUUGAGAAGUGAAAGAAUCAGGAGACAGGAGGAAAGGCUAAAGGAAGAAGAGGAACUGAGGAAAGAAAUGUGGAGAAAGUAUGGAAAACGGAAAAACCUUACUUUGACAGGUUUCAUUGGUCAAACCUUCACUACUGAAAAGCCUGUUGAAGAUGACCAAGAAAUCGAGCCAUUCGAUUGUCCACAGUAUGUGUUUAGUAAGAAAUCAGGCCUUGAAGAAACACAAAGUGGCAGAAAGUCUCUAGAAGAGAAGAAGGCACCUAAAUAUUUUGAUGAAAAUCACUACCAGAAUAGUAGAUGGUGCAUUGACACACCAGGACUUGUCAACCAAAACCAGAUCAUCAACUUAUUAUCACCUGCAGAACUGUUGGAGCUGUUGCCCAAGAAUAUGAUAAUCCCUCGCACCUUUGUUGUGAAGCCGAGAUACAGCCUGUGGCUGACUGGUCUGGGGAGGAUAGAUUAUCUGGAGGGAGAACAGCAAAUUUACAUGACAGUCUUUGCCAAUUUCCCUUUACCAGUUGAAGUAGUAGGUCUUGAUCUUUCUGAUCAGUUUUAUAGGAAUUCAAUCAAAUCUGGGGCCCUUGGGCUUCCAUUCGGAGACAAAGACCACCUGAAUAAAAUCCCAUCUCUUGUUGGAAAAGAAAUAGAUUUGACAGGAGUAGCAUUCAAUGAAAGUGUAGCAGAUAUAUGCCUGUCUAGUCUCGACUAG